AUGAUCCCACUAUAUCCACAGGGAGGUGCGUAUGCACACUGCGCAGUUUCCACUCCGUACGCUUCAGUACCUGCCAGCCAUGGCAGUUACAACAACCAGCCGAAUGGACCUUAUACAAAUGUAACAAAUUCCCAUGCUCAGGCAAAUGGGCCUUACACAAACCCCUACGGUCCACCGAAUGGACCUUAUCCAAGUCCUCCCGGGCACUCGUAUUAUGGACAAGGCGGAUUUCGGGCAUGUGGAUCAAAUGCACGGCCGCCGUCUCCUUCUAGCGAUGAUUCUGAAGAUUUUACAGACUCGGAUGAAGCGAUCUCAUCAAAGCACCACCAGAAAAUCCCGAAGAACAAAACCAGUACAGUGCCUGACAAUAUUAUUACUAGCUUUUCGGACUUAUUGAAGAAGCAAAAUGAGAAAAUUGAUGUUUUAGAUAGACAACCCUCCACAAAUGAGGACAGAUAUAAACAACAAGCGCAGAAGCAGAAGGAGAAGGCAGGUGUCGAAGAACCUCUCAGUACCGGAGUCCUAGAUGAGAAGAAAGACGUAUCCUUUUUCGUCAAUGGUAAUGGAAUAAAGUUUCAGUUCCCAUGUUGGAAAUGCCGAACCUUGGAGGCGGGUGUGACUGCCGUCUUGCCUUCGAAAAUGCUAACAAGACUAGGAGAUGAAAAGGCUCAUUGA